AUGUGUGAGGAAGUGUUGGGUCCCCAUCGUCUCGGUAGCUAUAACGAUAACGGUCUCCUCCUUUUGCGAACCUGCGCGAAACUUCAUCCCCUCCUAACUAACACCUCCUUCCGCCUUCCGACGCUGGAGAAGGCAACCUGGAUACGCCACGACCGCAGCGCUGGCAGUUGCAGGACUUUGUUCCCUCCAGGAAGUGAGAUGGACGGGACGCGCUGAUGACCAGGGCGAUCUGCGACGCCGACAGCUGGGUCGCAAUCGCCACGUCAUCUCCAAGAUGAGGCUUCGACUGAAACCUCUAAGUAGUCCACGUGGAAAGCUACCACUGGGUAAGUUAAACAGUUUUCUGCUGAAUUCGCUUGCUCAGCCCUCGAAUUUCAGCAACCGGAAGACCUACAGACUCCAGACGAUAAGGCCGCCGUGGAGACACGGUGGUGUCAACUACGGAACGUCGUCCAGUCUGCUGCCUUGUAUGUCCUCGGACGCGGUCGUCGUCAACACCAGGACCGGCUUGACGACAACGACGCACCCAUCAGCAACAUACUCACCGAAAAGCACAGAUUACACAAAGCCUACAUCGACCGUCGGACCAAUGCAAGCAAAGCGACCUUUUUCACAUGCCGCCUAGAUGUGGCCGCUAGGCAGAGCCUAACUUCGAGGGACCACAUUUAA